GUAGAAGGGGGGGUGGGGGGAUUGUUCCGCCCAGGAAGCAGCCUCCAUCUUAGGGCCUCGGCGGCUCCCGCGACCUAGGUCUGGCUCCGAGCCCCCGAGCUCCCGCGGCGGCGGCGGGAUGGCGGCGGACAGCCGGGAGGAGCAAGAUGGUGAACUGAAUGUUCUGGAUGACAUUUUAACUGAUGCUCCUGACCAAGAUGAUGAGCUCUAUAACCCUGAUAGUGAACAAGAUAAAAAUGAAAAAAAGGGAUCAAAAAGAAAAAAUGACAGGAUGGAGACUGCUGAAAGCAAAAGACAAAAGCCAUCGGUGCAUUCAUCAAGGCAAAUGAUUCUAAAGCCACCUAGUUCAUCAGUUAGCAAUAAUAAGAGGAUAGUGAGUACAAAAGGAAAGCCUGUAGCAGAGUACAAGACAGAAGAGUAUCAGAGGUCUGACAGAAGCAAGCGUCCAGAUGGUGAUCGAAAGGCACGCAUGUCAAGUGGCAGUACAAGGGAGCUUUAUAAAGGGCAACCUGAAAAAACUUGCAUGAGGAAGAGGGAUGUUGACAGAAGGGCAAAGUCCUCUACGCCAGAUGGUUCAGAGAGAAUUAGGCAUGAUGUGGACAGAAGGCAAAGCAGAUCCAGCCAUUCUUCUAAAGACGAGGUGAACUCUGAAGAAUAUGGUUCGGAUCAUGAGACUGGCAGCAGUGGCUCUUCUGAUCAAGGAAACACAGAGAAUGAGGAGGAAGGAAUGGAGGAAGAGGAAGAUGAGGAAGGAGAGGAAGAUGAGGAGGUGGAAGAAGAUGGGGAAGAGGACGAAGAGGAAUAUGAACAAGAUGAAAGAGAUCAGAAGGAGGGAAAUGAUUAUGACACUCGAAGUGAAGCCAGUGAUUCUGAUUCUGAAUCUGCAUCCUUCACAGAUGGGUCAGUCAGAUCUGGUUCUGGCUCAGAUGCAUCAGAUGAGAAAAAGAAGGAAAGGAAGAGAGCUAGAGGUAUCUCUCCAAUUGUUUUUGAUAGAAGUGGAAGUUCUGCAUCAGAAUCUUAUGCAGGUUCAGAAAAGAAGCAUGAGAAAUUAUCAUCUUCCGUUCGUGCUGUCCAAAAAGACCAAACCAGUAAACUUAAAUAUAUUCUCCAAGAUGCAAGAUUUUUUCUCAUCAAGAGUAACAACCAUGAAAAUGUCUCACUUGCCAAAGCCAAGGGCGUGUGGUCAACUCUUCCAGUAAACGAAAAGAAGCUCAAUGCUGCAUUUCGAUCAGCAAGGAGUGUUAUCUUGAUAUUCUCAGUGAGAGAGAGUGGUAAAUUCCAAGGGUUUGCAAGGCUCUCAUCUGAAUCCCAUCAUGGAGGAUCACCUAUACACUGGGUGCUGCCUGCAGGAAUGAAUGCAAAAAUGUUGGGAGGAGUCUUUAAAAUUGACUGGAUUUGCAGGCGUGAAUUACCCUUCACUAAAUCUGCUCACCUGACCAAUCCUUGGAAUGAACAUAAACCAGUAAAGAUUGGACGCGAUGGACAGGAAAUUGAGCCUGAAUGUGGAACCCAGCUUUGUCUCCUAUUCCCUCCUGAUGAAAGUAUUGACUUGUAUCAAGUCAUUCAUAAAAUGAGGCACAAGAGAAGAAUGCAUUCACAGCCCCGAUCAAGAGGACGUCCAUCCCGUCGAGAACCAGUCCGGGAUGUGGGAAGGCGUCGACCAGAGGAUUAUGAUAUUCAUAACAGCAGAAAGAAACCAAGGAUUGACUAUCCCCCUGAGUUUCACCAAAGACCAGGGUAUAUAAAGGAUCCCAGGUAUCCAGAAGUAGACAGUUUUACGCAUUUUAUUCCCAACAGACGAUUUUCAGGAGUUCGCCGAGAUGUGUUUUUAAAUGGGUCCUACAACGAUUAUGUGAGGGAAUUCCACAACAUGGGACCACCGCCACCCUGGCAAGGAAUGCCACCAUAUCCAGGUCUGGAGCAGCCUCCCCAUCACCCUUACUAUCAGCACCAUGCUCCUCCACCUCAAGCUCACCCUCCCUACUCGGGACACCACCCGGUACCGCACGAAGCAAGAUACCGAGACAAGCGAGUAGUAAGUCAUGAUUAUGAUAUGAGGGUAGAUGACUUCCUGCGGCGCACACAAGCGGUUGUCAGUGGUCGGAGAAGCAGACCUCGAGAGAGAGACCGGGAACGGGAACGUGACCGUCCCAGGGAUAACAGAAGAGACAGAGAGCGUGAUAGAGGGCGUGAUCGGGACAGGGAGAGAGAAAGGAUUUGUGACCGGGACAGAGACAGAGGAGAAAGGGGCAGAUAUAGAAGAUAAUCCUUCUGGAGCCAGUGGUUAUUUGAAACAACAACAGCAAAGCUUGUAUUUUUUGUGUGUGUUUACAAGUAGUAAAUUUUAUUUUCAGCUGUCUCAAGUUCAUUGUGUAGAAGGAUUGAUGACCCUCUUUGUUCCAAGCAUGCAGUAAACUUUGAACUGGAAGAAAAAAAGCCAAAAAAUGCACACAGUUGACGUUUUUAUUGGAGCAGAAUGGGAAGCAGUUAAGAAUGUAGAUAUUGGUUCAUUCUCAAUAAGUGUUCAUCUACUUAGUGACUUCAUCCUAGGUUUGUUUGGGGUUUUUUUAAUACUGAUGGAUAACUGCCAUAAUAUAUUCUUUUUUUGCUUUGUUUUCUUAAAUGUAGUUUCACAUGGUUCAAUGGAAAAAAUGCUGCUAUCAAGUAUGCAAAUAUUGAAGUAUGAUUUGACUGUAUGGCAGUGUUGUAGCAGCCUGGUUUUUCUGUUCGUUUUUUUUAACCUCUGUAAAGUCAAGUGUUUGUUUUGUUUUUUUUUCCCAGUCUUCAAUAAUGAAAGCAAUAUUAAGAAGACACUAUUGAUAUCUAAUUUUUAACCUUUUUAAAAGAAUCUUCCUGUGUUCAGUAAUAUUUUGGUCAAACCUUUUGUCUAGCCUUUCUCCUCUCCAAAAUGUACACAUUGCUUGGAAUGUCCACAAUUCACGUGUGUGAAACCAGAAAAUAUUGCUGUACUCUACAUUGCUACCAUUUUUUUUAUAAAAUAAAUUGGUAACUAUUGAAACUUUUA